AUGUUUGGCCAUGCACGUAGAAUUUCGUAUCUGUCGCAGCUGCACUCACGACCACGACGACGACCACGACGACCACCACGACGACCACCACGACCAUCACCCGGUGUCAACACGAAGAAGACGCUUCGUCGCAUGUUUCCUGUCUAUACGAGUUUCGAGCGUCGCAUAAUCCCAUUAUUGUUCUUUCCUACGGACCUGGUUGUAUCGUCAUCGAUUCCAUAUACUCAUCAGUGUCCCACACCGUUCUCGCCGUCUUGGUCUUACAGCUCGCCAAAUCUCUGUUAUCGCCAGGGUGACAGUCUCAUGGAACGCGAUUCCGCAGCAGCAGCAACAGCAGCAGCAGCAGGAGGCGCCGCACAUAUACCGAAAUUACCAGGCGGAAAAUACCGUGGAGAAUUCGCCCCUCCAUCUGCGCUAGGUUCUGUGAAGCUGGAUGAGGGUUACUCUGAUGAAACUAGAAGCCAAGCAGAAAAUGAAGUGGCUCAAACAUCAGACGAAGGCGUAAGUCUACCUAGCUGGAUUCUUGCACAUAGCGAAGCCGACAGAGCAGAAUUGGCUUAUAGCAUAUUGAGAACCUUGCGUACCUCGACAGUUUCCUCAGUCGUUGAUCGACUAACUCCACUUCUCCAUAUGGACCCUGUUCUCAAACUUCCCCCGGAAAUCACUUCGGAAAUAUUCUCAUAUCUCGACACGUCUACACUGCUUACUGCAGCACUUGCGUCCAGAGCUUGGAGAGAGAGAAUUAUAGAUUCACGACUGUGGAGGCAUCUUUAUAUUCAAGAAGGAUGGCGUUUCGACAUGGACGCAGUUCGAACUUUCGAACAAUCUCUUUCGAAGCCACCCUUUUCGCACAACCGAAAGUCAAGAACGAGGCGUUCAGAUACAGAUAUGGGGCAGCCAAAGCUAAAAAAGCGCGUUCCCUCAGGCUGGAUCGAUUCGAGAAGAGGAUCUCGCGUUGGUAAUAAUAAUAUGCAGGACGCAAGCCCCCCAUGGAGUGAGCAGCAUGAGACGGUUGAAGCCGAUGGUACUUCUGCCUUCGAGAUGAAUACCCUACCUGAUGCCGAGGGUGACCACGAGAUGCGCGAUGCUAGUUAUGAUGAUCACUCGAUUGGGUCAUCGCCAGAUCAAAGCCGGCCUCCGCAAUCUAUAGAUUUUAGCAGCGUACAGUUCACCCACAAAUCUGGUCGGGCCGAUAGCUCCGCAAGAUACCCAUCGUUUCACUCACCGCUGACGAAUUAUAACCCCCAAGCGAAGGCCCCACAUCUCUUGAGGACAAUUAAUGGUACAAGCCGGUUGAACUGGCCAUAUCUAUACAGACAAAGACAAAAACUGGAAGAUAACUGGAGGAAGGGCCGGUUUGUUAAUUUUCAACUUCCUCACCCAGCCUAUCCUUCAGAGGCGCAUACGGAGUGUGUAUAUACAAUUCAAUUCUCCGGGAAAUGGCUUGUCAGUGGAAGCCGCGACAAAACAGUGAGAGUCUGGAAUUUGGAAACAAGAAGGCUCAGAGGGAGUCCUUUGGUAGCACACAGUAAAUCAGUUCUCUGUUUGCAAUUCGAUCCGAGUGCGGAAGAAGAUAUCAUCAUAUCUGGGAGUAGCGAUAGGAGCGUCAUAGUUUGGCGGUUUUCCACGGGUGAAAAAAUCAAUGAGCUCGCCAAUGCCCAUCAGGACUCGGUAUUGAACCUACGAUUCGAUAAACGAUUUUUGGUUACAUGCUCGAAAGAUAAAUUAAUAAAAGUUUGGAACCGCCGCGAGCUUAGUCCGAUGGACAAAGAUUAUCCCUCCUUUUUUAAUGGUGCUGGUGUGCGAUAUCCAACGUAUAUUGUUGACACAUCCUUGAUAUCUCCUAGCACAUUGGAAGCCCAAAUCGCCAAUCAACAGAUCAAAACGCUGCCACCUUACUCACUACUUAUGACCCUGGACGGUCAUGGUGCCGCCGUAAAUGCGAUUCAGAUAGAUGAAAAUGAAAUUGUCUCUGCCUCUGGGGAUCGUUUAAUCAAAGUAUGGGAUAUACACAACGGAGCCUGCUUAAAAACUUUGAUUGGCCACAAGAAAGGCAUCGCGUGCGUCCAGUUCGAUAGUCGGCGAAUAGUAAGCGGCAGCAAUGAUGACACUGUACGGAUAUAUGACCAUGCCUCAGGGGCUGAGGUUGCGUGCUUGCACGGACACCAUGGCCUCGUACGAACCGUCCAGGCAGGUUUUGGGGAUCCACCUGGAGCGGAGGAGACACUUCGGCUUGAGGCAAUGGCGGUAGACACUCAAUAUUGGAAGGCUCGACUCCGCGGCGACAUUCCUGAAUCUAGCUCUUCGGUUCGGCGCCAACAGAGAUCGUGCCCUGUAAGAAGCUCCGGGUCCAGAAACCCCAAUGACAUAAUGGCCCUAGGAGCCAAAAUACCCCCGGGCGGUGGAGGGAGCAGUUGGGCCCGCAUUGUUUCCGGCUCUUACGACGAAAGUAUCAUCAUGUGGAAAAAGGACCAAGAGGGAAAGUGGGUUAUUGGGCAAAGACUCCGUCAGGAUGAAGCUGCCAGAGCAGCCGCUGCAAAUGUAAUUCCGGACCCUGCCCUAGCCAACCAGCCGAUUCCCCCUCUCCCGGGUCAAUCCCCACAGGGUCUUAUGGGACCACAUCCCAUGUCCCAAUCGUCCCAGCAAACCACCCCCCGCCUCAGCGGCAAUUCAGUCCAAUAGGCCCAUCACGAUGGGCAUCGCUAACGAUGCAGGAUCACCUUGCCUGAAUGCAAUGAAUCAACACCCUUCCCAACCACUUCAACAAGCUCAGGGUCCACUGGUCGGCGCUAACAGACCGUUGCCUGUUCCCGCUCCCCACCCUACAGCUAGAAUUUUCAAAUUGCAGUUUGACGCACGCCAGCUUAUAUGUGCUAGCCUGGAUCACAGAAUUGUAGGCUGGGACUUUGCGUGUGGUGACCAGGAGCUUGAGUGGGCUUGUCAGUUUCCACUGGUCUUUGAGCUCGACCCCCAGAUUUUACAUAUAUUGCCAACCAGCCAUUCAAGAUUCAAGAUCUUUUUGAAUCUUCCAGUGCCUUUGUGCUACUCUCCACCCGCUUCCUUUGGAUACCGAUGCUAGUUACACGUCUUGCUAUAUUGCCAUUUUUUGAGCCUCUUUCCAAAAUGCAUACAUCUCCUAGCAAGCGCGAAUCCAUAUUUUCCUUCCUCCAGCGAUUUGAAGCGUCCUUUUUUCUCGCAUCGAUGAAGUAUACCAUCCAAGUUGAUUGCCUGAACAUUUAUCUCUUUUAAAGGGGAUGUGUGUAUUUUCUUUGUUUCAUGUUUGCUACUGUUUCCCUGGCGGUUUCGGUUUUGGUACGCAUGAUAUUUAUACCAGGGUCAAACCCAGACUUCCUUUCCUGCUAAGAAUAAAUUCAUAUUGCUUUAGCCCCACUCAACUUUUUGUGCUUCCAUGGAAACACUCUCAUGGGCCUGCGAUGCCGGUUGCUCGAAAAGCAAAGACUGUUGUGCAUGUGUAAGUAAGUACUCCUGCAAUGAGAUGACUCGCUAUGCUAUAUAUUUUAUUUUACACUAGAAUACUCCUCGAAAUGUACUGGAGUUUACUGAAGGGCUCUGCAUAUGAUAUUCGCAGUUGAAGAAUGAGCAAGUAUAAUAAAGUUUUACACGUGUUGAAGUAUCUGGGUAAUUUCAGGGUUUUAUUUGGGAUUAGAAUCUAAACAACACAAUCGAGGCCGGAUUCAUCAAUCAAGACCCCCUCUAACCACAGAGGCGGAAGAUAUCUUUGUCAUGUUAGGCAGGACCCCUCAGACGAAGGCUGUCAACAGUUAAAUACCAUCGAAAAGCCAACAGUACCUGGUUGAUUCAGCCAAAACGCCAUGCCGUCCCCCUUUUGCCACGGGCUAUAUUCCGCAAGAAAGCUCAUGGUAUGCGAACAUGUAUUGCUGGCGAGGAUAGUAUGGAAUGCCUCCUGCUCCUCAGAUAUAGGUACAUUCAAAGUGGCGACCAGCUGGUCCCUUGGGGGUUGCUUGGAAUACGUCGGGGAAUGCGGUAUCGUCCAUGGCUGCGUGGACCAGAUAUCUACCGUGACACUCGGACCGUAGCCGUACUGGCCUUCGGAAGUAGGCUUGGGGCUGUCGAAGGCUAGCAUGCAACCCGUUGCGCCUGCCGGGAUUCCUUCGAAAGUAAAGGUAGUGAUUCUCGUGUUCACGCCGUCUCUGCGCGCGACGGUGAAGAACCAGUCGAACUCGAUUGGUAAGUCGGGAUUGUUUAUGUCAAGCAAAUCGAAGGUCGUAGGGGCAAUUGUUUGGCAGCCCUGAAGAGCUAACUCGGCAGUCGUGCCAUGGGCAAGAUCGGCGGCAGGCGAAGGCGCUGCAAUGGCGGCUCCAAGGAGGGAGAGAAGAGCCAGACAGCUAGCCAAGGAGCCCGGGAUGACUAUUAUUGCUACAAGGAGAUGGAUUUCCAGACGUUUAAACGCCCUUAAGAAACAAGAUAUUGGCAUAGGAGGAGCCCAAUGACUAUCCAUCAGCGUAUUUUGCCCCGAGGCAUCUGGCAUACACAUCGCCGUUACAAGCUAGGCAUACCGUUUCCUAGCUAUCCAUAGACCAACUGUGAAGAUUUACCCCAUUCGUUUGUUUACCUGUAUUGUAAUUAGCUAGAUGAUUCGAAUAGCGGAGUUUGGAAAGGUACCAUGUGCUAAGCCAGCGAGGACGUAUCUGAAAUUGACUGCAGUCCUAGAUUCUAUUCAUAAAGUUCCAAAGUGGUGGGUUGGUUCGAGUAAGAUGAGGUGAAAUGCAGGAGUCUAGAACAGGACGAGAGACCCUAUCGAGUCUAUACAGAUUACUCGCAUGUGCAUUCUUCCGCCAGUCCUUGCAAGCAAUAUCUGACCUUUUAUUAACGUAGCCAAGUUGAAUAGUUUGAGAAAAAAGAGGACAGCAAAUUUAAAUCCUAGAGUAUGGGAGAGAAUGGUUGGGGAUUCAACUCUCAGCGUAGUAAUUUCGUUCUGUGUAUCUCAGGUAACUUACAGGACCUGUAACUAUACUUUUUAUAGCCACCCCACCCCACCUAUGAUAGUUUGAAAUUUAUUAAUACUGAUUGAAUCAUAU